AUGAUCUCAAUACGGUUAAUAACAUAUUUACUACUUGGCUUACUAGUAAAUACCUCUAUUUCAACAAAAAGAUUGGUUGGUUGCAAUCAUAUACACCAUUUUUCGUCUAAGGACAAACAGGAGGAUUCGUUAUCUACAGUACUAAAUGAAAUACCUGAGUAUGUAAUCAAGUAUGCUCCAAUAGUUCAUUUAUAUAGUGAAGAGAAAUAUUUACCAUGUGAUGUGAAGACUUUUGUGGAAAGGUUCAAAUUGGUAUAUUACAGUAAAUCAGAUAAUGAUGUCAACACUAAAGUUGUAUUGCAUGAUUACGGACUAGAUAUAAAGAAAGAUUUAAAGACAAAUUAUAAACUAUUUUCUACAGUUGGCAAGAACACCACGACUCUUAAUAUCCCAAGUAAUGAAAUUUUUAUGGAAAUUGAUGAUUUCGAUGCGGAUGUGACAUAUCCUAGAUUUUUGUUGGGUAAUAAACCUGACUCUAAGGGAUAUAUAAAAAAUGCGCCUGCCAACUUAAUCGUUAGAAAGCACACUAGUAAUAAUUCUACUGAUGCCGACGAAAUAAUAGAUGCUUAUUGGUUUUUUUUUUAUGGAUUCAAUUUAGGUGCCUUUGUGAUGGGACAAGGGCCAUGGGGCAACCAUAUUGGGGAUUGGGAACAUUGUAUUAUAAGAUUUGUUAAUGGAACCCCACAAAGUAUUUGGCUGAGUGCACAUGCUGGUGGUAGCGGCUAUAGAUUUGAGGCGAUUGAAAAAAAAGAAUAUUAUUAUAAUAGCAAAAAUAACGAACAUGGUGAAGAAAUUGUUAAAUAUGAAAGACCAGUUAUAUUUUCAGCAAAGGGAACACAUGCAAACUAUGCCUCUGUUGGACAACAUGCGCAUGAUGUCCCUUUGUUUUUCAGUGCCUUGAGUGAUUUUACUGAUAGAGGGUAUAUGUGGGACCCGGCUUUAAAUUUUUAUGGCUACCUAGUGGAAAAACAAGAGAAUUCCAGUAAUAUUGAAAUAUUUAAACCAUUCAGGAAAAGAGAGUUAUUAGAGUUGGGGGUUGACUGGUUACAAUAUCAAGGACAUUGGGGAAAUAAAAGACUACCAAUGUCGGAUUCUAGACAAAAAUUGUGUCCCUUUCAAUGGAGAUACAUAGAUGGACCAACUGGUCCUACUGGUAAAAAUUUAUUUAGGGAUAAGGUUUGUCAAAAUUAUAAGUUUUGGAAUUUUUGGCACGGGUGCCCACUAAGGAGGAGCAUUAAAAGAGGUCAAGGUUUAGAUGCGGAAAGAAAUGACCUUGUUGGUGACAAUUGCGGAAUUGCAUUAUAUAGAAUAAGACCCAAAUGGUUAAGAUGUUUAAUAAGGUUUCUCACAUGGCGUGGUUGUUUUUGUUUUGUAAUGGACUUUUUUACAGGGUGA